AAUCGGUGCGACUCGAUGGGAUCCUUGGGCCACCGUUCGCUCCUUCAGUACCUGGAAUCGGAUGAUCUAGCUGGUCUAAAAUCAUUCCUUGGCACACGCCACUUGCAGGUGGACGAUCGAGAUGAGAAUAAUACAACGGCAUUGAUGGUCGCAAGUGGCCGCGGUGCAUCGCAUUUCGUGAAGGAGCUUCUAGCCCGUGGAGCUGACGUACAGGCGCAGGAUCUCGACAACUGGACGUCGCUGCACUUCGCAGCCAAAGCUGGCCACGUCGGGAUCGUGGAACUGCUGCUAGACAAUGGCGCUGAGCUGGAACAUCGGGAUAUGGGCGGCUGGACCGCCCUUAUGUGGGGCUCGUACAAGGGCCACACAAGUGUCGUGGGGUUACUGCUGCAACGCGGUGCGGACGUGCAGGCCCACGGCAACUAUCAUCUCAAUCCGCUGCUGUGGGCUUCAGGACGCGGGCACACUGAAAUCGUGAGGCUGCUGGUUAACACGGGAGGCGCGAAGGUGAACGUAGGUGAUAAGUACGGAACCACACCCCUGGUAUGGGCUUGCCGCAAAGGAACCGCGGAUAUCGUGGACGUUUUGCUAAAGGCUGGGGCGAACGUCGACACGGCUGGCAUGUACUCGUGGACCCCGUUGCUGGUGGCUGUCAGUGGUGGUUUCCAGGAGUGCGUCAGCCUGCUGCUAGAGCGCAAACCGAACGUGAAUGCGCUGGACAAAGACGGCAUGACGGCACUGUCCAUCGCGUGUCGCGAAGGACUAACCGAGAUCGCGUCGGCACUGAUCGCAGCCGGAGCCUAUCUGAACGUGCAGGAUCGAGCCGGUGACACGCCGCUUAUCAACGCCGUCAAGGGUGGCCACCGGAGUGUGGUGGAAAUUCUGAUGAAACGCCACGUGGACGUGGAAAUACAGGGCAAGGACAAGAAGACCGCACUGUACACUGCCGUUGAAAAGGGACACACGGCGAUCGUGAAGUUGAUCCUACAGUCAAACCCAGAUCUGGAGCUCUCCACCAAAGACGGGGACACGCCACUGUUGCGAGCGGUUCGCAAUCGCAACCUGGAGAUCGUGCAAAUGCUGCUUGAGCGUAAGGCGAAGGUGGGUGCAACGGACAAGCGAGGUGAUACCUGUCUGCACGUGGCCAUGCGUGCUCGUUCGAAGGCAAUCGUCGAGGCUUUGCUAAGCAACCCCAAGUAUGGUCAGUUGUUAUACCGAUCCAACAAAGAGGGCGAAACACCGUACGCCAUCGAUGCUACACACCAGAAGACGAUCCUUGGGCAGGUAUUCGGGAACAGAAGACUCAACGCCAACGAGGACUCAGAAGGCAUGCUCGGAUAUGGGUUGUACUCGUCGGCGCUUGCUGACGUCCUCUGCGAGCCAACCCUUACAACCCCUAUUACGGUGGGUUUGUACGCUAAAUGGGGCAGUGGUAAGAGCUUCCUGUUGACGGAACUUCGCGAUGAAAUGCGGAACUUCGCCCACUCGUGGUCGGAACCACCGAUCGACGCGUCGUGGUUGUUCUUUCUCAUCAGCCUACACAUUGUCCUGCUGAUCGGUACGAUCGUGGGCCUGGCAUCCGGCAGCUACGUAUGGGGUUUGGUCACCGGAGUCGCGCUGCUCGUGCUCAUCUACUUCGCGGACAUCCUGGUCAAGUUUCUCAAUCGGCGGUACGAUCUCGAGUGGCCGUAUUUGCUCCACAAUGGACUCUCGCGUAAGCUCGGCCGAUUGCGUUUGAUACUGCAGGUCGCCUUCUGUCAUCCGCCAGGACCGCAAAGUGACCAGCAGCCAAUGCCGGUUAGGUUUCACUUCGCAGAAGCUAGUGGAGCCGCCCCAAAUGGAGACGCUGCCGUAGCGCUUAUGCUGGCGUCCUUGUUCGAUGCAAUCGAGGCACACUACGGUUCGUUGGCGACCGGACUGUAUCGUGCUUUUCGGCCCAAACCCCUAAAAGCUACCGGAGGAUGGAAAUGGCGUAAAAUGUGCUGCAUGCCGGUAGUGCUCAUGUUCGAGCUAGGUGCGCUGGGGAUCCUGGCAACGGCUUCACUCUCGAUCAUCUACUCCGAGUACGGGAUGGAAGGGCGUGAUGAAAUAGCCGUCGCGAUCUAUGUUCUACUAGGCAUCUUGUUGGCCGGUGCUAUCGCCAACCUGCACGCUUGGUCGAAGCUGGUCGGAGCGCUGUUCAUGUCGCAGGGCAAACACCUGAAGCGUGCCUUCAACAGCAAUGAAGCUGCCCCGCUAACGGCUCUCGGUGCCGAAGUGAGCCUAAUGACGGAUAUGGUGCGCUGUCUGGAUGCCUUCACCGGACAACAGAGUCGGCUGGUCGGUGUAGUCGAUGCACUGGACUCGUGCGACACCGAGCGGACCCUCACGAUUCUGAACGCCGUACAAACGCUUCUAUCCGGACCGCAACGUCCAUUUGUGCUGCUCCUAGCCGUGGAUCCUCAUGUCAUAGCUAAGGCGGCCGAAGCAAACAGUCGCCGGCUGUUCACUGAAGGAGGCAUCGGAGGACACGACUUUCUGCGCAAUCUCGUGCAUCUUCCGGUGUACCUGCAGAACUCGGGUCUGCGGAAAGUGCAGCGAGCGCAAAACACCGCCAUGUCCGCUUACCGACGUGUUAUGCCCGAUAUGAGUCGGGACGAUGAUCAACCGCAUCUAGGACACUCGGCGUCGGCUCGACGGCUGUCAAACGCGUCGGAAAUCAUGUCAUCGCAGGAGAAGUUACGGGCGAUGCCGAGCUCGUCCCGCGGCGGAAGCAAGAAGCUGCGCGUGUCCGACUCGAUCGCCAGCUCGAUUGGUUCGAACCUGCACAAGCUGGGCCAAAAUCCGCCAGUCGAUUUGUCUAAGAUCAUCCUUACCGAUGACUACUUCAGUGAUGUCAACCCGAGAAGCAUGCGCAGGUUGAUGAACGUUAUCUACAUCACGGUGCGGCUGUUGAAAGCCUUCCAAAUUGAUUUCAGCUGGUACCGGUUAAGCUCGUGGACAAACCUCACCGAACAGUGGCCACUGCGUGCUAGCAUGAUCGUGCUGGAACAUGAUCAAGCCGGCGACAGCAUUGACGAUUCAGUGUCACUUCAAGCUGUGUACGAUAAAGUUCGACCAAAGCUGACGUGUCUCCGGGAGGCGGCUGCGUUGCUCGAUCUGGAUCGAGAUGAACGCAAGUUGGACGCAUUCUUGCAACUGCACAAAUCCGACCUACUAGUGUCGGAUUUGCGUAUAUUCUUGCCAUUCACCAUUAAUCUCGAUCCUUACCUGAGAAAGGUGCUGAAGGAGGACCAGCAAGCACUGGAAGACGAAGGCAUCAUCAUCCCGAUGAAGACCGUGCUUCCACCGAGCAAGCCAAGUGGAUAUAUACCAUCUCAUCACCACCGGAUUCACCACGGAAACGUGCUUCAACCGACGCCACAGCAUGCGAACAGUUUAGCAAACUGGCCAAACUUUUACAACCCACAGCCACAAGCGAUGGCGUUGAUGAGCUGGGCAAAUGCGAACUGGGCCAACUUACUAAACCCGGGCGCGAAUCCGCUCGUAAACGAAGCAUUAAACAAAGCUAGUGGCCCUAUCAUAACUGAACAUCCAAGCCACGAACAGCAUUCCACGACCGCUGGGGUCGGCAGCAGUAACCGGGGAAAGGCCACAAACCACAAAACCUCGAAUGGACCAUCGACGUCUCCACCGAUCGAUAUCGAUUUGUCGAACGUGCAGCUAUCCAGCCUAACGGUUGAGCAACUGGUCGACUUGCUGGGACAGGUGAACGAUCUUAAACCGGCAAUGGAGCGUAUGGCACCGGUUUUGCGCGAUAACGCCAUCUCCGGCAGAGUGCUGAUGUAUUGCAGCCUGGAUGAGCUAAAAUCGGUGCUUCAUCUUAGCUUUGGGCACUGGGAAAUGUUCAAGUUGUUAGUUACGGCGUUACGCGAAUCGAGCAUGUCGCAGCCUCCGAGCAGGAAACUCUCGAAGACCACCUCGUUCGCCAAGGGUACGGCCGAUUCCGUUGAGCUGCCGGAACCGAUUGCUCAGUCGACGCCACCGUUCGGUUCAGCUUCGAGCAGCUUCCAACCGAUCCGUCAGAAGUCGCAGAAUAUGCUGGAAAAACAGCCAGCAAAAGUGCAUGAUUACGAAUAUAUUCAGGUGACGCUCGAGGAGCAGAUGAUUUGCGGCGCAUUACAAACGCUCAACGAGGAUGCGUUCGAGGACGUGGUCAGCGGCAGCGAGCGACCCAGCCCGACCGGUGAGAUGUUUAGCCAGCACCUGGCGCCCAUACGGGAAAGCUCGGAAAUCGGUUCACCACCUCGCCUCACUUACAACCUUACUAAUCCCAACCUCACCGAGCUUGCAACCAGCAACGGUACGCUGAACGGCGGUGACGACGGUGUCGGUGGUGGUGGUGGCUUCCUCGGUCCGGCACCGCGGUCCGGUCGGCACAGCCGCUCCCACAGCCUGCAUGAUGACGCGUCACUGACCAACGUGGUGGUCAUUCCAACCUUCCUGACCACGCCCGCCAGCACCGGCACCGGCAACAUCAACGACACCAAGCUCUAACUCACGGUGAAUCGAUUCGGCACCCGGCACGGUGGCACCCCAGGUUGCUGAUGCUCCUGUGGAGCUGUUGCUGUCGUCGUCGUUGUCGUGGUCGAUGU